AUGGACUGCGGCAUUCCGUUCUGCCACCAGGGAUGUCCCCUCGGCAACCUGAUCCCCGACUGGAACGACCUCGUCUACCGCGGCAGGUGGCGCAGCGCAAUCGACCGGCUGCACAAGACCAACAACUUCCCCGAAUGGACCGGCCGGCUCUGCCCGGCGCCGUGCGAGGGAUCCUGCGUGCUGGCGAUCGACGGCGACGCGGUGACCAUAAAGUCCGUGGAGCUCGCCAUCGUCGAGCGCGCCUUCGACGAAGGGUGGAUCGCGCCGGCGCCGCCGGCAGUGCGCACCGGCAAGUCGGUGGCGGUCAUCGGAUCCGGGCCGGCCGGGCUCGCCGCUGCCGACCAGCUCAACCGAGCCGGCCAUACCGUCACGGUCUUCGAGAAGUCGGAUCGCAUCGGCGGCCUGCUGCGGUACGGCAUCCCCGAGUUCAAGAUGGAGAAGCGCUUCCUCAACCGGCGGCUCACCGUCAUGGAAGGCGAGGGGGUGCAGUUCCGGACCGGAGUCAACGUCGGCGUGGAUGUCUCCGCGGCCCGACUCCGCGCCGAGCACGACGCGCUGCUGCUCGCCGGCGGCGCCGGUUGGCCCCGCGAUCUGAAGGUUCCGGGGCGGGAGCUGCGCGGCAUCCAUUUCGCGAUGGAUUAUCUGACGCAGCAGAACCGCCGCAACGAAGGCGACGUCGUGCCCGCCGCGGAGACGAUUACCGCGAAGGACAAGCGGGUCGUCAUCAUCGGCGGUGGCGACACCGGCGCCGACUGCCUCGGCACCGUGCACCGGCAGGGAGCGGCGUCGGUGGCGCAGUUCGAGCUGCUGCCCCAGCCACCGCAGCAGCGAGACCCCGACAACCCCUGGCCGACCUGGCCCAACAUCUUCCGGGUGUCGGCGGCGCACGAAGAGGGCGGCGACCGCGUGUACUCCGUGUCGACCGAGCGCUUCUCGGGAACCGACGACGGCCGCGUCGACCGGCUGCACGGCAUCAAGGUGGCGUUGCGUCGUGAGAACGGCCGGCCGACGUUCGACCGGGUCGCCGGCAGCGAGUUCGAGAUGGAAGUCGACCUGGUCCUGCUCGCGAUGGGCUUCCUGGGACCGGAACGGCCCGGGCUGCUCACCGAGCUCGGGAUCCGGCUGACCGACCGCGGCAACGUCUGGCGCGACGAGAACUGGAUGACCAGCGUGCCGUCCGUGUUCGCCGCCGGCGACAUGCAGCGCGGCCAGUCGCUCGUCGUCUGGGCCAUCGCCGAGGGCCGCAGCGCCGCGCGGGGCAUCGACGCCUGGCUGAUGGGAGCGUCCGACCUGCCGGCGCCCGUAUAG